AUGCCUUUGAAAAAAUAUCAGCUAAUCCGGCGAUUUAUUCACUUCGCUGAUAAUAAUGAACCGAGUACGGAUAGAUACCAAAAGGUUCGACCUGUAGUUGAAAGUGUAAGACAAAACUGCUUACGUGUUGCUGAAGAAGAGGACAGAUUUAGCAUUGACGAGAUGACUCUUCCUUACAAAGGUAAAAAGGCUGGCAACAGGCGUCAAUACAAUGCAAAAAAACCAAAGAAGUGGGGUUUCAAAGCUUUUGUACGAAGUGGAGUGUCUGGAUAUGUUUACGACUUCCUUUUAUACGGGGGUGACGAUACCUUCCGCAGUAUACAAUUCAGCUCAGAGGAACAUUCGUUAGGGUUUGGAGGUAAAGUAGUAGUGGUUCUCUGUCAAUCGAUUAAAAAAAGGCCAUGCUUUGUAUAUUUCGAUAACUAUUACACAUCUCUCGAGCUAGUAGUGUAUUUGAGAAAUGAGCUGGGAAUAUUCAGCCUUGGUACUGUAAAGGCUAACCGCUUGCGAGGAUGUCAAGAGAAAUUGGAUACAGAUAAAAUGCUAAAAAGAAAAGGUCGGGGAUCAUUUUCGCAGAUAGUUUGUAAUCGCAAUAAAGUUUCAGUCGUAAAGUGGUUAGAUAAUAAGCCAGUUACCUUGGCCUGUUCAUUUGCUGACGCAUAUCAAGUUAGCAAAGUAAAUAGAUAUUCCAAAGAACUGAAAACGCAGACGAAUGUAUAUUGUCCGCAGGUUGUAAAAUUUUAUAACAUGCAUAUGGGAGGUGUUGACUUGGCAGACAUGUUGAUAGCCCUUUAUAGGACCCAAAUAAAAAGUCGCAGGUGGUAUAUGGGCAUUUUUGCUCAGAUGCUAGAUAUCAGCGUAAAUAACGGAUGGAUUCUAUAUCGAAGAUAUUGUGCCCAGAAAAAUCUCAAGAAAACCAUGUCACUCAAAGAAUUUCGAUGCCAAUUUUUUUUUUAUUGGCAUCCAAACCGAUAG